UUGACCUAUUUAGGACAUCCUUAGUGGAUCAAAGGAAGGUUUUGACUGUUUUGUAUUUAUGAUGUAGUGAUUUAACAGUAACUGUUUGUUUAUGAUUGAACAUGUAUGAGGGAAAUCUCUUUGUAGAAAGUGAAGUGCAUACUACCUUAAUCAAAUAGAUCUCGACCUGAAAUAGAUUUGAAAUAAAUAGACUUUUAAAUUCAUGCAAACUAAAUUUUAAUUCUAAUUUACUCGAAAAAAGGAUAAUGUAACAUAAUUGCACAUUUUGCACACAUUGUUGUAUUUGCAUUAUAUGGAAAAAUCUUAAUUUAGUGAUCUGUAUGUUAUAAAUAGAUAUAUGAUAGAAGUAUUAUAUAGAUCUAACUGAUACCAACAGUGUGUGUGUACAGCAUUGUGUGUACAGUAUAUAUAAAAUUAUACUGUGUCUUCAAGUAGGAUACUAUUAUUUUGCUUAAAUUUUAGAAAUUGAUAGUGCGGAUAGGACGAAGGUUAUAUAUACACAAUAGAAUACUAUUUUAACAGAUAAGAAGAUAACUGAAAAUGAAGAUUCCUUUUGUCUUGUUGAUGGUAAAAAUUUGCUUUGUUGCUAUAGCAACAGGGGAGGAAGUACACAAUGUUUCCCCAGGAAGUAAUGCAUCAUACAAACCAGUCACUGCCAAUCAUGUUACUUCGAAUCAUGUUACUGCAAGUCCUCAUGUAAUAGAUACAAACCACACUACCCAUGGAAGCAAUCACAGCGAGAAAGCUUGCAAGUAUGCCCAUAGUGAUGGUCACCAUGGUGAUGAAGGUCAUGAUGGUCAUGAACGUCAUAAAAGCAAGAAGAUACAUGUUGUUGAAUUUAACUUUGACCAUGUGAAAACACCAUUACUGUUUGGACUGGUAGUGAUUAUAGCUGGACUGAGCAAAAUAGGAUUCCACCAUGCUAAUUUCCUGUCAUCAAAAGUUCCAGAGUCUUGCAUUUUAAUCAUUCUCGGUGUUAUAUUCGGUGCAAUAUUUUUACUGACAGGUGCUGGUGAAGACUUUGAAUUCUUUCAGCCUGAUCAAUUUUUCUUGUAUCUUUUGCCCCCGAUAAUUCUAGAAGCAGCAUUCAGUUUACAUGAUAGAACUUUUACAGACAACCUUGGCAGCAUUAUAAUGUUCUCAGUUGUGGGAACUGUGAUUGCAUGCUUUUCUAUAGGACUGAGUCUAGUUGGUUUGGCUAAAGCAGGUGCUAUGGAGGAUCCGCAGGCAACACCGGUGCAAAUACUGGUGUUCAGUGCACUGAUUGUAGCUGUUGACCCAGUUGCUGUAUUGGCUAUAUUUCAAGAAGUUGGUGUGAACAAUAUGUUGUAUUUCAUUGUGUUUGGGGAGUCACUACUGAAUGAUGGUGUUACUGUAGUGAUAUAUAAUGUUAUGCAGAUCUACAGUAGAAUGGACACAAUAGAGGCUGAUCAGAUUGUUCUUGGAAUUGUAAAGUUCUUUGUGGUUGUGUUUGGUGGAAUAUUUAUCGGUGUUGCAAUAGGACUCAUAUCAUCUUUCCUUACCAAGUUCACAAACUCUGUCAAAGUUGUGGAACCAAUUAUCAUAUUUGGCUUUGCUUAUCAGUCAUACAUUUUGGCUGAAAUGUUUCAUUUCUCAGGGAUCAUAAGCAUAAUAGGGUGUGGAUUGACACAAAUGCAAUAUGCCUUCAACAAUAUCACAAAUAAAUCAAGAUUGGCUUGCAAGUUCUUUGCUAAAGUCAUAAGCAAUACCUGUGAAAUUAUCAUAUUCCUGUUUUUGGGACUGAAAACUGUAAAUCCUAAUCAUGUUUGGAAUACAGGCUUUGUAUUGUGGACAACUUUACUUUGUGUAGUUUAUAGAUUCAUCAUAACUUUUGUAAUGUCAUUCCUCAUCAACAAAUGUGAUAGGUACAGAAUACGCAAAAUAAAACUGGAUGAAAUGUUUAUGAUUAGUUAUGGAGGAUUACGUGGGGCAGUGUGUUUUUCCCUUGUGGCAUUGUUAGACAAGAAAGAGUACGCCAUGAAGGACAUGUUUAUGACUACAACAUUGUUCAUCAUCUUUUUUACUGUCUUUAUACAGGGUGGGACCAUUAAAUGGCUGGUGAAGAAGAUGAGAGUGUCUUUACAAGAUUCCUCAAAGGACAUGAUCCUCUACCAGCAGUUAAAUCAGCAUGUAUCUGACCAUCUUAUGGCAGGUAUAGAAGAAAUAAUUGGUAUUUCAGGAAAGUAUAUCUUAAGGGAAAAGUUUGACCGUCUAGAUGACAGACUUUUCCGGCCUAUAUUGCUCCGAGACCCAACAAAAUGUGACCUAAAUGAGAUAAGCCAGUACUAUGAAAAACUCAUGAUGAAGGAGCAUUACAAAAACCUCCGGCUUUGUGGAGCUUCCAAUCUGCCACAUGUGGCCUCUGAUCUGAGACAGAUCGACAGUUCAGCCUGUCUGAAGGGUAUGGAUGAUGAAUAUGAGCAAAGAGCACUAGAAAGAGAUGAAAAGAUAGAAAUGCGCAAGCAUCGUUUGACAUCACAGCGGUCCAUGAAAGAAGCUGAGGGUCCAGAAGGAGUUGAUUUGCAAAAACUCUUCCGAAGUGCUUUAGUAUCCUCUAGACAUGUAUGUAUUUGAUGUGUUAAUAAUGAACUUUACUUUUUAGACAUGUAACACAUAUUUUUUCACUGUGUCUUUUAAUUGAGAUUAUUGUAAUCAUACUGAAGAAUUAGUCCAGAUAUGAAAAAAGUGAAGUUUCACUUUUUUAGCUCACCUGUCACAUAGUGACAAGGUGAGCUUUUCUGAUCACCCUUCGUCCGUCGUCAGUCCGUGUGUGCGUCCAUCUGUCCGUCAACAAUUUCUUGUCUGCACGAUAGUGGUUUCAUUUAUGAUUUUAUUUAAACCAAACUUGCACACAACUUGUAUCACCAUAAGAUCUUGGUUCCUUUCUUGAACUGGCCAGGUCCCAUUAUGGGUUCCUGAGUUAUGGCCCCUGAAAGGGCCAAAAUUGGCUGUUUUGAGCUUGUCUGCACAAUAGCAGCUUUAUUUAUGAUUUGAUUUUUACCAAACUUGCACACAACUUGUAUCAUCAUAAGAUCUUGGUUCCUUUCAGGAACUGGCUAGAUUCCAUUAUGGGUUCCAGAGUUAUGGCCCCUGAAAGGCCCAAAAUUAGCUAUUUUGAGCUUGUCUGCACAAUAGCAGCUUUAUUUAUGAUUUGAUUUUUACCAAACUUGCACACAACUUGUAUCACCAAAAGAUCUUGGUUUCUUUCUGGAACUGGCAUGAUUCCAUUAUGGGUUCCAGAGUUAUGGCCCCUGAAGAGGUCAAAAUUAGCUAUUUUGACAUUGUCUGCACAAUAGCAGCUUCAUUUAUGAUUUGAUUUUAGCCAAACUUGCACAAAACUUGUGUCACCAUAAGAUCUUGGUUCCUUCCUUGAACCGGCCAGAUCCUAAAAU